UUUACUUACUGACACACACACACACACACACACACACACACAGAGGCAGACUGGAGACCACAGCGAGGGGGAGAAAACACUAUGAUUAGAAAAAGAAAGGAGAAAAUGUCUGAGAGAGAGAUAGAGAGAGAGAAAUAGAGAGAGAUCAGAGAGAGAGACAGAUCAGAGGGAGAGAGAGAGAUAGAGAGAUCAGAGGGAGAGAGAGAGGGAGAGAUCAGAGAGAGAGAGAGAUCAGAGGGAGAGAGAGAUCAGAGAGAGAGAGAGAGAGAUCAGAGGGAGAGAGAGAGAUCAGAGAGAGAGAGAGAGAGAUCAGAGGGAGAGAGAGAGAGAUCAGAGGGAGAGAGAGAGAGAUCAGAGAGAGAUCAGAGAGAGAGAGAGAGAGAUCAGAGGGAGAGAGAGAGAGAUCAGACAGAGAGAGAGAGAGAGAGAGAUCAGAGAGAGAGAGAGAGAGAGAGAAUCAGAGAGAGAGAGAGAUCAUAGGGAGGCGACUCGCAGCCACAUGAUGCGGUUCAGAAAAGUCGUGCAAACAGUUUACUAAAGUAUAAAAAACAGGCGAGAGGGCUUACUGUGUGUGUGUGUGCGCCCGCGCGCGCGCUGUUGUUGUUGUUGUUGUUGUUGUUGUGUCAGCUGGAACCGGGAGACUCUUCAGCAGCAGUGUGUGAAGCGAUGAUUAUCUUCAGACGAUGACCUAAACUCAUCAUUGCUGGAAAAGAGACUCUGCGUUUUGUACAGUAUUAUUUGGAAGCCAUGUUGUCUCCCACAGCAGAAGUCUAUCAGACCGUUCAAGAGUGGCUCGGGGGGCUCCGCCUUGAGCAGUACGGUCCGGCCUUCCAGGAGGAGGGUCUCGGAACUGUGUGGGAAUGCAGGGAGCUGACUGCAUGUCAACUGGAGCGCUUGGGCGUGGCCUUGCCGGGCCACCGGAAGCGCAUCCUGGGGAGCCUGCAGAAGCUCUUCCUUUCAGAAGGCGGGAUUGGUAGAGAGGAUGAGGAGGAGGGGCAUAGGCCUGUUCCAAAGGAAAGGACAAAAUUCCGUGUGUCUGCAGGGACUGACUUGGAAGUGAACUGCUCACGAACUGCCGAACCACAAGAUCAGAAACAGAACUUAACCACUAAUAAUUCUGUGACCCACAAGAAAGGUCCGCCCCCAAUCCCACCUCGGGCGACUCAGAAUUGUCCUCCGGUACCGUUCUCGACUGUUUCCGUUACCGCGGCGAUGACCACUGGGGGCAUGUCUGUGACUCCUAGCAGUCUUCCAUCUGCAUCUAUGACCAAGGCGACUCAGCCGAGACCCGUGCCCACUCCAGUUCCUGUUCGGCUCCAGCCACGGAACGUGCCUCCUGCUACAAGACUGCAAACUGGAGAUCAGAAGCCAUCACCUGUCUCAAGAUCAUCUGUCUCACCAUCACCUGUCUCAAGAUCAUCUGUCUCACCAUCACCUGUCUCAAGAUCACUCGUCUCGAGAUCAUCCGUCUCACCCCCACCCGUCUCACCAUCACCUGUCUCAAGAUCAUCCAUCUCACCAUCACCUGUCUCAAGAUCAAUCGUCUCAAAGCCAGCCGUCUCACCACCACCCGUCUCACCAUCACCUGUCUCUCCAUCCUGUUCCUCAUCAUCAUCAUCAACAGAACAGUUCCACCUGUAUGAGCAGUGUUCUUCACCGGGUCAUGCUGAAUUGGGCGUUCCUCCUCUCCCUCCAAAGUCGUAUGCUGUAGUGACUCCCAGAGAGCCUAAAGUCACCCUGCCAGUCACGCCCCCCCGGAGACCCCCCGUACCGCCCCGCAGCACCACGGCAACCAGCAAUAAAGCCACACCGCUCCCCAGGAGCCUGACAGCGCUCAGCUCGUCUCCAGCAGAUGAUAUCUGUGGUCUGGACGCCACGGCCCAAAUAAAAACCCGUGUAGAAACGUCACAGCUAGCGGCCGUGUUAGCGCCCUGUCAGAGACGGUUGGACUCUGCAGGCAGUUCAGACAGCUAUGAGGAACUCGAAACGGCAAAGUGUACAGAGAGUGAUCCUAUAGAAAUGGCAGAUAAGAACAUGUUCCUGCCGCUUCCCAGUCUCCGUAAGUCUCGGCACAGCAGCCUGUACAGUGAUGAUGAGCUCCUGGAUGAAGAAGAUGAGUCUGUGAUGGAAAAUAACUCUCUCAGGAGGCACUCGUGGAUCGAGGAUUAUGGCCGACUCUCCGGCAGCCAGAACAGCAUCUACCUGCCCAUCACUGCUCCACCUCCCAAAGACGACUCCACCCCCCAACUCACGCCGGUCAUCAAAAUGGGCUGGCUGGACAAGAACCCUCCACAGGGGUCCCUGAUCUAUCAGAGGCGUUGGGUCAAAGUGGACGCUGAUUACCUGCGAUACUUCGACAAUGACAAGGAUGUCUAUUCGAAGCGGAUCAUACCGACGUCCUCCAUCACAACAGUGGCCGGUGUGGGAGAUCAGAAGUUUGAGGUGGUCACUAAUAAUCGCACCUUUCUGUUCCGGGCCGAGAGCGACUCGGAGAGGAAUGAUUGGGUGACGGUGCUACAGGACAUCAUCAGUUCAUCUCGCCUGAAGCCGAACUCUGAGUUGACCCUUAACCCCUGUGUGACCUCAGAGAUGAAAGGUUACCUGGAGCUCCGGGGCCUGCGCUCUAAACUCUACACCAUAGUGUGUGGAGACAAGGUGUUCCUUUACAAAAACGCUGAGGAUUAUAAGCUGGGUAUUGGGAUCACGUCUAUAGAUAUGAAUGUAGGGAAUGUGAAGGACAUGGACAGAAGAGCGUUUGACCUGACCACACCUUACCGCAUAUUCAGUUUUGUGGCAGAAACUGACCAAUUGAAGGACCAGUGGGUGGAGGCAAUGAGGAACUCCAUCGCAGAGGCUCUGUCUAACUAUGAGGUUGCGGAGAAGAUAUGGGCAGAGCCAGCUAAUCAGAAAUGUGCUGACUGUAGCGCCACCAAACCCGAGUGGGCAGCUAUUAAUCUGGGCGUGGUCUUCUGCAAGCGCUGUGCAGGACAACACCGCAGUCUUGGUCCCAGCAUAUCAAAAGUACGGAGCCUCAAAAUGGACAGAAAGGUGUGGACAGAUGAUUUAAUACAGCUCUUCCUUGAGCUAGGCAACGAGCGCGCCAAUCAGUUUUGGGCAGCUAAUAUCCCGCCCAGCGAGGCCCUGACUUCGCUCAGCAGCAGCGACGCGCGCCGACGUUUUAUCUCGGCUAAAUACCGUGAGGGAAAAUACCGCCGCUACCACCCACUGUUCGGCAACCAGCAAGAGCUCAACAACGCGUUGUGUAUUAACGUGCAGUCUAACGAUGUGUGCGAGACUCUCGCCCUCGUCUUCUGCGGUGCCGAUGUGAACUGUGACACGGGUAACCCAGAAUUCCCCAGUCCCAUCACCCUGGCCCUGCACCACGGCCAGAAUCUGCAGGUGGAAUUCCUCACUCAGAACCGCAACAUAGAGAUUCCGAGGUCAGAGGUCAAACUGGCCAUGCACACAGAGCACUACAUGGCCCCGCCUUCCAUUACACACAACGGCUUCCUUUUUAAGACCGCCUCUAUGGCGCGACCAAUCACAGAGCGGAAGAGUAAGGAAGAGUUCAGUAGGAGGUGGUGUGUGCUGAAUGAUGGACAUUUUAAUUAUUAUGAAAGUGAUAAAAACGCGACGCCAAACGGAGGACUGAAGAUGAAAGAGAUCGUCUGUCUGGCUGUCAGUCCCCCCGAGACACACGGGUACGAUCACUCUUUUGAGAUUUAUUCAGAUGCAGAGCGUCUCUACCUGUUUGGGACAGACAAUCCCGACUCCAUGAAGGAAUGGGUCAAGUCCAUCGCCAAGUCGUUCAUCCCAGCAUGUGCUGAAGACCUGCUGCAGAAGGAUUUUGAGCGGCUCGGGCGUCUGCGCUAUAAAGACCCUCUAAACCUGGAGAGCUGGAGGCUGGGCUGGUUCUGUCUCGAAGCGUCCACGCUGCACGUGUGUUUGGAAGACAGUCAGAGCCGCGAGAGCAUCCAGCUUCAGAAACUUCUGGAACUCUCGAGGGAUAAUGAAGUUCUGGUGCUCGUGGAGCGGGGCAGGACUCUGUACAUUGAGGGAGAGAGGAAGUUGGAUUUUCAUGGCUGGGCGUCAGCCAUCCAGAGGGCUGCUGGGAGUUCAGGAGAUACGCUGAGUCAACAGCAACUCACUGAGGCUGAUAUACCGCUCAUAGUGGAGCGCUGUAUACAUUACGUCACGCAGUAUGGCCUCGCGUCAGAAGGUAUUUACCGUAAGAGCGGAGUGAACAGUAGGAUCGCCUCCCUGCUGGACACCUUCAAGAACGAUGCUCGCUCCGUGUGGCUUAAAGAGGGAGAGCACCAAGUGGACGACGUGUCCAACGUCCUCAAGAGGUUCUUCAGGGACAUCGAAGAGGGACUGUUUGGUCCACAAUCACACAACUGGCUCAGCACUACGGCUCUUUCAGAUGAAAGCAGGAAGAUCUCUCAGUAUCAACUUCUUUUUGAAAAUCUGCCUCAAGUUAACAAAGCCACACUACGCACACUGGUCAAUCACUUAUUCUGCGUGCAGCGGUUUUCAGAACUCAACCAAAUGAACCUCCAUAACCUGGCAAUAGUUUUUGGGCCGACGCUUUUCCAGACAGACGGUCAAGACUACAAUGCAGGACGUGUAGUGGAGGACCUCAUACAGCACUACAUCACCAUUUUCAGCGUUAAUGAACAGCAGUUAAAGAGACAGCUUGAUGAGAUCACCUACAUCAUUAAGUUACGAGAUAACCUCAACCCUAAAACAGGACCGGCCAGUGGAGAUUUUAUCUGCACAGUAUAUCUGGAGGAGAAGAAGGAGACAGCUGAGCAGCAUGUGAAGAUCCCGGCCACGAUGACGGCGGCUGAGCUGGUCUUCGAGAUCCUGGACCGCAGGAAGAUCAGCAUCAAGGAGAAGGACUACUGGUGCUGCUUCGAGGUCAAUGAGAAAGAGGAGACGGAGCGUCCUCUGCACUAUCAGGAGCGAGUGUUGCCGAUCCUGCACAGUUUGGGGACAGACAGUAACCUGGUCAUCAAAAAGCACUAUGCCAUGGAGGCCAUGCUCAUCUACCUGGCCAGUAAAGUGGAUGUGACUAAACAUGGCAUGCUGAAGUUUAGAGAGGAGCGCAGUCUGCUUGGUCUGAGUACAGGAAGCUUCAAUGAUCGAUACUUCAUGCUCAACCAGAACUCACUACGACUCUACAAAGACGUCCGGAGUAAUCGGGCGGAGAAGGAGUGGCCUGUGAAGUGUCUGAAAGUCUAUCAGGGGAUAAAGAAGAAGCUCCGCCCCCCGACAUGUUGGGGACUGACCGUGGUGUAUGAAAGUGAGAAGCCUGAGAAACAGGAGAGACAGCAGUGGUAUCUGUGCUGUGACACUCAGACAGAGAUGAGGGAGUGGCUUGCUACGUUUCUCAGCAUACAGCAUGCGGGUCUCCUGUGGCCGGCGGAGUGGUUGAAGUCGCGUCCUGUCCCUCGUUCCUCUCCUCCGCUGGAUUCUCGUCUCGGUAGUGUGUCGCUAAUUCCUCUGCGUGGUACUGAGAGUGAGAUGAGGAACAGCGUGGCUGCUUUCUCCGCCGAUUCCCUCGCCCUGUUAAGAAACCUAUGACAAUGAAGUGAUGAUGUCUGAGAAGAUUCCAGAACACUUGUACCAAUCAGCUGGAUUCAGUCUUAACGUGCUAGAUGGAUACUGCUAUCGAUGUUAAUCCCUCACGUGAUCUUCUGGAAAGUUCUCCCAGCUGUUUUUAGACUUUGUAGACUUUUAAACCCUGAACCCCCGUAAUUCACGUCACUUCCUGCAGCUGCACUGUGGGACAGCCAAUCACAAGUCCUUCUGGAAAGUUCUUCUGGAUAUCGUAAGUGUUCGUCGGAUCAACGUAAAGUUCUGAGAAGGUUUUCUGGAUCAGUAAAGCGUCGACUGUAGACUGCAUCGUGCCGUGUUCGAGAGAGAAACCGGUUCUUACACCACUUUGAACUUCAAUCACGUUUAACUCUGCAGUCUGGACACAAUUCUACUGAAGUUAGUUUAAUACACAAUAAAACACUCGAUAGCUGGUCAAGAUGUUCGGAAUUAUUAAUAUCAUAUUAACACUCUCUCUCUCUCUCUCUCUCUCUCUCUCUCUCUCUCUCUCUCUCUCUCUCUCUCUCUCUCUUCCUGUACUACCGUCUCUCCAGAUUAACCUUCUGAUUAUUAAAUUAUUUAUUUUAAUUUUCCUUUGUUCUGUCAUUCACAAUAUAUUUCCUAAAAUCAUGUGUUCUGAGAAACUGUGUGUUGAGUUUGUAUGUAAACAAAUCAGAUGUUUCUCUUUCACAUUCCUUCACUUUUGUUUCCUUCAUGUGUUUGUAUUGUAUUGUAUUGUAUUGUAUUGUACCGGACUGUUACAGAAUGUGUAAUUAGCUUAUAAUUAAUGUACAUUGAUUUAAUUAAAAGUUAUUAUUUAGUCUUAUACGUCUUGAAAAAAUGGAAUGAAAGAAUGAGUGCACUGUGUAUAAUUUCUAAAAUUCAAUCACUUCUUGAAAAAUAAAGACCUUCCUGGCAGA